AUGGCAGCCACCAUUUAUCUCAUAUCCGGUGGCGCCCGUAGUGGCAAAUCUAGAUAUGCUGAAGACAUUUGUGAAAAGUUAAGCAAAUGCCCCAUUUAUUUGGCCACUGCCCAGGUUCCAAAGCAAGACAGUGAUUUCCAGGAUCGCAUCCAGAAACAUCAAGAGACGAGACAAAACACAUCGAGUGGAAGCCAGUGGACGACGAUUGAAGAACCUUUGAAGCCCACUAAACAUCUGGAUAAUUUCAAGGGACAAGUGGUCUUGGUGGAUUGUCUGACAUUGUGGUUGACCAAUUGGUUAUUGGAGGAGGGCGCCUUCACUCUGGAGAGCAAUGGCGAAGGGACAAAUAAAAAGGACGUAUCUAUAGCGGUGGAACGAGGACGUCUGAAACUACAAGAUGAAUUUGAUUUAAUGGUAAGACCAUACAAUAUCACCUAUGUCUUUGUAACGAAUGAAGUUGGCUCGGGAACACAUGGCGCAACACAUGUCACACGGAAGUUUGUUGAUGCUCAAGGUUGGCUCAAUCAAUACAUUGCGAGUAAAGCUAAUCAAGUUGUACAUAUGGUAUGUGGAAUACCCAAUAUUCUGAAAAGCGAAUUCCGAACCACCAGAGCCAUUGCGAAGGGAAAUGGAGACGAACUGGCCUCACCAGUAGCCAAGCUCGAGGCGGAACGACUGGAUCGUCACUUAUCCUCUCGCAAGAUUCCCAUGGACAAGAAGGGGUACUUUGUUAUCAAGGCAGUACCAGAAGAAGGGGUCAUUGUUAUUCGUUUCAUGUCCUCAAUUGUCAAUGAUAAGGGUGAAGUAUGCGACUUGCAAGGCAACAAGAUUAGUUGUGGGGGAGCCAAUCGGCCGGACCCCCUAAUGGUGUGGAGGUGUCGGACUGCCAAGGAAGCAACGGUGCAAAUAUUUGAAGAGUGGCCCAAAGUCAAUCAAUUGGAGCUAUCCGUGGGGCACGUGGCGUAUGUCGGACGUGAAAUCCAAAAGGCCGAGUAUUCACUGUACCAACAGGGAUGCGGACCAUAUCAACAAGAUUAG